AAUUUAUCAAUUAAAAAACAAAUACAAACACACAUACCAACAUGCAAGGAUACAGAUCAUACACCAUGGAAAGCCAUCACAAUCAUCAUCAUGAUGCCAACGAUCAAAAGCCAUUGGUUGUGGACUUAAUGUCCGGCCAAUAUGGCAAACCACAAACCCCACCACCAUCUCCUACUGAAUGCCUUUCAAGCCCCGAUACCUCAUUGAACGGUAGCCGCAACAACUCCUGCGAAAUUCCCGCCGAUCCCUCGGUCCGCCGUUAUCGCACUGCCUUCACUCGCGAUCAAUUGGCCCGCUUGGAAAAGGAAUUCUACAAGGAAAACUAUGUCUCCCGUCCUCGUCGCUGCGAAUUGGCCGCCCAAUUGAACUUGCCCGAAUCCACCAUUAAGGUUUGGUUCCAAAACCGCCGCAUGAAGGACAAGCGUCAACGCAUUGCCGUCGCCUGGCCCUAUGCUGCUGUCUACUCUGAUCCCGCUUUUGCCGCCUCCAUCUUGCAAGCCGCCGCCAACAGUGUCGGCAUGCCCUAUGCUCCCUAUCCAGCUGCCGCCGCCAAUCCCAUGUUGGCCUCUGCCAUGCCCACCAUGCCUGUUCAUGGCCACAAUCCCUAUGGACAAUACCGUUACACACCCUACCACUUGCCCAGCCGUCCCACACAUGCUGCUCCUCAUCCCCAUCUAGGCCAUGCCAUGCCACCACAUAUGGCCGCCGCCGCUCCCAUGGCUGCUGCUGCUGCCGCCGCCGGUUAUCCAGCUGCCAUGCUUGGUGUGAUGCCACCCACCAAUGCUGCUCCCUCCGCCUAUGCCAACAAGACCCAAACACCUCCAUUGGAUUUACAAUCAUCCUCCUCACCACACUCCUCAACCUUGUCAUUGAGUCCCGCCGGUUCGGAUCACACCAAAGUAUUCGACCGCAGUCUAAGUCCAUUGCGUCCUGCCAUGCCACAACAACACCAACCCAUUCAAUUGCCUUUGUUGCAAGCCCACGACAACAACUCCUGCUCAUCAUCCAACAACAGCAUGCACUUCUCCGCCGCCGCCGCUCCCUCAUCAGCUGGACUACUGAUGCCCUCUGCCAAACGUCCUGCCUCCUCAAUGUCACCACCACCAGUCCAAACCUCGGGUUUGGUUUCAGAUCCCAAACCCAAACUAUUCAAACCCUACAAGACUGAGGCCUAA